AUGGCAGUGAGGAUGCUGCGGGACUGGUGCAGGUGGAUGGGCGUCAGCGCUCGCAGGGGCCUGCUCAUCCUGGGCAUCCCGGAGGACUGUGAUGAAGCCGAACUCCAAGAGUCCCUGGAGGCCACCCUGUGGCCCAUUGGCCACUUGACCAUACCGGGCAAAGUGUUUCGAGAGGAGGAUAAUGCCACUCCGGCCCUGGUGGAGCUUGACCAGGAAGUCAACUAUGCUUUGGUCCCCAGAGAAAUCUCGGGCACUGGGGGUCCAUAGAACAUGGUCUUUGUGCCCAGUUGCUCAGGAGAGGAGUUUCUCCGUCGUGUGCUCCACUUUCUGGAGCAACAGGGACAGACGGUGGAGAGUGUGGCUGGCGCCCUGGGGCUGGGGCUACGUAGGAUGUGCUGGCUCCGAUCCAUCGGUCAGGCCAUCCAGCCCUGGGUGGAAACCAUGCGGUACCAGCGCCUAGGCAUGUUCUCCGGAAGAGAGCAGCCAGCCCCCGAGGAGGAGUCCUUUGAGGCCUGGCUAGACCACACCGCUGACAUGCUGCACGUGUGGCAGGGGGUUGCUGAAAGGGAGAGGAGGCGGAGGCUGAUGGAAGGUCUUCGGGGGACGGCCUUGCAGCUCGUGCGCAGGCUCCUGGCAGAGAACCCUGGCAGGACUGCCCAGGACUGUCUGGAGGCUCUGAUUCAGGUGUUUGGAGACAAUGAGUCCCAGGCGACCAUCUGUGUGAACUGUUUGACUGCUCAACAGCAGUCAGGAGAGGGACUCUCUGCUUUCGUGUUGCGGCUGGAAGUCCUGCUGCAGAAAGCCAUCCAGAGAGGGGCUCUGGCCAGAGCCUCAGCUGACCAUGUUCAUCUGAGGCAGGUGCUCACCAGAGCCAACCUCAGUGGGCCACUGGAUGAAGCACUGAAGAAGCUGAGAAUGGUUGGGAGGUCUCCAAGUUUCCUGGAGGUGCUGGAGCUUGUUCGAGAGUCUGAGACAUGGGAGGCCAGUCUACCCAGGAGUGAGAGAUCCCAGGCAGAGGAAGGGGCUGGUGCCUGGACUAAUGCCCAUACUGAUGCCAGAGCCAAAGCUAAGGUAGAGGACAGCAAGGUGGAGGAGAAGGAGCAGGAGGAGCAGGAGCAGGAGGUGGAGGAGCUAAAUGAUGAGGUCCAUCACGACCACAACCCCACUUCUAUGGGCCUAGGUCAGGCAGGAACCUCAGAGGCCCUGGGGGCCCCCACACCUAUCCAGAUGGGCAGUACUCCCAGGGCAGCCCUAGGAGGUCCUGCCUAUGGGCCAGAGGGCCUGCCCCUGCAGGAGAUCAGGAGGGUGAGGGGCCACCAGAGGAGGGGCUCAAGCCCAUCCCAGAGGACCCGGGAAAUGAGGACAGGGCUGUGGAGAUGA